UGGGCCUUACCCAGGUGGACUUGAAAAACAUGGUGGCCUUAGGUUGCUUUCUCUUUUUCCUUGUAUCAUUCUGUUCCAUUUCUCCAUCAUCUUCUGCAUUAUCUGAUGUUGAGGCCGCUUCUAUUGCCCGUCGCCAGCUUUUAGGUGACAAUAAUGGCGAGCUUCCGGAUACAUACGAGUAUGAGAUGACCAUUAACAUGACAUUCGCGAAUGCCAGGUUGAAGAAAGCAUAUGUUGCUCUUCAGGCAUGGAAGAAAGCUAUUUACUCUGAUCCAACAAACUUCACGGCUAAUUGGGAGGGUACAAAUGUUUGUGCCUAUAAUGGAGUCUUUUGUGACCGCGCUCUUGAUGAUCCCAACAUCUCUGUUGUUGCGGGAAUUGAUCUUAACCAUGCAGACAUAGCGGGACACCUUCCUGUGGAACUUGGUCUCUUGGCUGAUAUUAGUCUCAUCCAUAUUAACUCUAAUCGGUUUUGUGGAAUCGUUCCCAAGAGCGUUAAAAAUCUUACGCUUUUGGAUGAGAUUGAUUUCAGCAACAAUCGUUUCGUGGGGCCAUUCCCGGAUGUUGUGCUCGAGUUGCCUAAACUCAAAUACCUUGAUCUGAGGUUCAACAACUUUGAAGGUCAAGUGCCUAGCACGCUAUUUGAGAAGAAUCUUGAUGCCAUAUUUAUCAACAAUAACCGAUUCCAUUCCACCAUCCCCGAAAGCUUGGGCAAUUCCAAUGCUUCCGUGGUGGUAUUGGCGAAUAACAAAUUCUAUGGUUGCAUCCCACACAGUAUUGGUAAAAUGGGCACACUAGAUGAGCUUGUACUGACUAACAAUGAACUCUCUGGUUGUUUGCCUGAAGAGAUUACUAAGCUUACGAGCCUAACAGUGUUCGAUAUCAGCGGAAAUAAGUUCGUUGGAUCCUUACCUAAGGAUUUGAAAUCCAUGCAGAAAGUUGAAGUCUUUGACAUUGCAUCCAACAAAUUCAUGGGAAAUGUUCCGAAGAACCUUUGUACCUUGCCCAGUUUGGCGAAAUUCACAUUCUCUAAGAACUACUUCGAGAGCACGGAUCAAACAUGUAUGCCAUCCAAUGAUCUUGAGAUAGAUGAUAAUGAGAAUUGUUUGGCGGGAAAAUUAGAUCAAAAGACGGAGAAAGAGUGUUUCCCGGUUGUGAGCAACCCUAUUGAUUGCAGUAAAGGUCAUUGCGGAUUUGGACCGGAAGGGCAGAGUCCAAAAGGUCCACACAAAGAAACCCCUUCAACACCUAAACAAUCUCCACCAAAACACGUGAAAACUCCUCCAAAACCAUCAGCACCAAAAACAAAGCCUCCUCCAAAGCUAGUGGCCUCACCUCCCCCGCCUGUCGCAUCUCCACCACCACCGGUCGCCUCACCUCCUCCACCACCAAAAGCCUUACCUCCACCUCCAGUCCACUCUCCACCACCUCCGGUAGCAUCUCCUCCACCACCAGUGGCCUCAUCUCCACCUCCAGUCUACUCACCACCACCACUGGUAGCCUCACCUCCACCUCCGAUCCACUCACCUCCACCACAGGUAGCCUCACCUCCACCUCCAGUCCACUCACCACCACCUCCAGUAGCCUCACCACCACCACCGAUAGCCUCACCUCCACCUCCGAUCCACUCACCUCCACCUCCAGUCCACUCACCUCCACCUCCAGUCCACUCACCACCACCUCCAGUAGCCUCACCACCACCACCGGUAGCCUCACCUCCACCUCCGAUCCACUCACCUCCACCUCCAGUCCACUCACCACCACCUCCAGUAGCCUCACCACUACCACCAGUUGUCUCACCUCCACCUCCACCUCCACCUCCACCUCCAAUCCACUCACCACCACCUCUGGUAGCGUCACCUCCACCUCCAGUCCACUCACCACCACCUCCAGUAGCGUUAUCACCACCACCACUGAUUGCCUCACCUCCACCUCCAGUAGCAUCACCACCGCCUCCGGUUCACUCACCACCACCAUCUGUGGCCUCACCUCCACCUGCUAAAUCACCACCACCACCAGCUCCAAUAAUUUCUCCACCUCCACCCACUUUUGAGGAUGUUGCUCUUCCUCCAAAUUUGGGCUCGCUAUACGCCUCACCACCACCACCAAUUUUCCAAGGGUACUAAGAGGGUGAUCGUUCUUAUUUUCAAUGGCACAAAAAACUAGUUAAAAGAAUGUGUACUAAUCAAUCUGUAAACACACAUGAUAAUUGAAGAAUUCUUUUACAUAGUCAAUGUACACUGAAAAUUGAAAAGUUCUUAUUAGAUGUGCUGAUUGAAUAAAACACCAUGCAAUUUCAACAUAGUUUUGUGUACU